AUGACAGACUCCACGGUGAAGGGUAAGCAGGAGAAAGAGGAAGAAAAAAUGGAAGAAGAGCGGAAGGAGGAGCAGGACGAUAUGCAAGAAGAAGAUGAAGGUUUUGAUCCCGUCGCCUGCGCGAAAUUAUACAAUCGCCUCAUCCGGAUUGGCUUUCACGGCAGCAAGGGAGAGAAGAAAGGGCAGUAUCUCCAGUCAGUACUUUCGCCAUCGGGUAUCGAUGACGACCUUGGUCCAGGAUAUAUGCAUGAUCAUGGUAUUGACUGCGUCGGUCUGUUUCCAACCAAUCAUGCCUCCAUCCCGCAUCGUUUAGGCCUGGUUAUAGAUCUCGAUGAUUUUAGUGUACGAUAUCUGCCUUCCUUCUUUGAUUAUCACGGCCCCGAGGAUACUGCAGGAUGGUAUUCAUUACGGGGCGUAUUGCUCUGCCUCAAUGCUAUGGUUGACACGGGAAAAUAUGUGCCUACUCCCGACGUGGUAGAGUAUGACCCAUGCUUUGAGCCAGGGUGGAAGGCUAUUCCGUGGACCGAUUCGGCUCUUGAUGAGACCCUCGCUGCAUGGGAGGACCUAGUUAAUACUAUUGCUAUACGUCUUCCCAACUAUGCCACUGAACAGGGUACCCAGCUUCAGCUAAGGCAAUUAGCUUCUGAGGACAAAAUACCAUCAUCUAUACGUGGAUUUACUCGUGGUUUCCUACUCCGUGCAUCAAAGCCUCCGUUCAAGUAUAUUGCUCCUGGGUUAAUGGUGUACGACUCGGACGCUCCACCACCUUCGAUUCCUACAAAAAGGGACUCAGAUGGGAACAUGGUGUAUGCCUCACCAUACAAGGAGAUAUGUUAUGACGUUUUCCACGAUCCUAUUAUUCUAUGUCCUUUCGAGGAAUCGACGAGAGAAGAUCCUGCUGGGCUCUGGAUCCUUCCCAAAAGGGAUUUGGCUGAUUCAUUCUGCCUAGUUCUUCCAUAUCAACUGGAAAAAUUCCAUACAACGGUUUACGGGAAAUAUCAGAAUGGGCCCACCCGCACUGCUCUAUUCCAGAGUCCUAUAUGCCCUUUCUACGGAGAUCAAUGUACGGGUCUAAAGACUCUGUUCAUAUUUUGGAAAUCGUUGGUGGAGAAAGGAGUCUGGACCGUGGGUGCCGACGGCAUCGAGGGCGGGAAAGAGUUCUAUCGACAAGCGGAGGAUGAAGAGAAGGGAGACUGGUUUGAUGUUGGAGAAUGCUUGGAUGUCCCACUAGAGGCGGAAAUUAAUAUAGACGAUUGA